AUGGCUUCUCCGCCCCACCAGCAGCUGCUGCAUCACCGCCACAGCACUGAGGUAAGCUGCGACUCCAGCGGGGACAGCAACAGCGUGCGGGUCAAGAUUCACCCCAAGCAGCUGUCGUCUGGCAGCCACCCGAAGCACUGCAAGUACAGCAUCUCUUCGAGCUGCAGCAGCUCGGGCGACUCAGGGGCCGGGCCGCGCAGGGUGGGCGGCGCAGGCCGCCUGCGCCAUCAAAAGAAGCUGCCUCAGCUCUUCGAGCGGGCCUCCAGCCGCUGGUGGGACCCCAGGUUUGACUCGGUGAACCUGGAGGAGGCGUGCCUGGAGCGCUGCUUCCCGCAGACGCGGCGCCGCUUCCGUUACGCGCUCUUCUACAUCGGCUUUGCCUGCCUGCUCUGGAGCGUCUACUUCACGGUGCACAUGCGAGCCAGGCUGGUGGUCCUAGUCGCCCCCGCCCUGUGCUUCCUGGCGGUGUGCGUGGGUUUCUUUCUGUUCACCUUCACGAAGCUGUACGCCCGCCACUACGGAUAUACCGCGCUGCUCCUCAUCAUCAUGCUCAGUGCCCUGACACUGGCCUUGCACUUCCAGGUUCAGUCCCCGCCCCCAGGACUCCAGGACAGUGCCAAUGACACACUUGCCGCCAGGGCUCCUGCAGCCUGCUUGUCUCAAGUGGGCAGCUUCUCCACAUGCAUCGAAGUGCUCUUUCUGCUCUACACCGUCAUGCACCUCCCUUUGUACCUGAGCCUGUUCCUGGGGGUGGCCUACUCCUCGCUCUUUGAGACCUUUGGAUACUAUUUCCAAGAUGCCGCUUGCUUCCCCGCUGUGGUGGGAGCGGGGGCUAUGCACUGGGAGCUCCUGAGCCGGGCGCUACUCCACCUGUGCGCGCAUGCCAUCGGGGUCCACCUGUUCGUCAUGUCACAGGUGCGGUCCCGCAGCACCUUCCUUAAGGUGGGGCAAUCCAUCAUGCACGGCAAGGACCUGGAGGUGGAAAAAGCCCUCAAGGAGAGGAUGAUCCAUUCAGUGAUGCCCAGGAUCAUCGCCGACGACCUGAUGAAACAGGGCGACGAGGAGAGUGAGAACUCUGUCAAAAGGCACGCCACCUCCAGCCCCAAGAACAGGAAAAAGAAGACCUCCAUACAGAAGACCCCCAUUGUUUUCCGCCCAUUCAAGAUGCAGCAGAUCGAAGAAGUCAGCAUCCUGUUUGCAGACAUCGUGGGGUUCACCAAGAUGAGUGCAAACAAGUCGGCUCACGCGUUGGUGGGCCUCCUGAAUGACCUCUUUGGCCGCUUCGACCGCCUGUGCGAGGAGACCAAAUGUGAGAAGAUCAGCACGCUGGGUGACUGCUACUACUGCGUGGCUGGCUGCCCGGAGCCACGCACCGACCAUGCCUACUGCUGCAUCGAGAUGGGCCUGGGCAUGAUCAAAGCCAUCGAGCAGUUCUGCCAGGAGAAGAAGGAGAUGGUGAACAUGCGUGUGGGUGUGCACACUGGCACAGUCCUCUGCGGCAUCCUGGGCAUGCGGAGGUUUAAAUUUGACGUAUGGUCCAAUGACGUGAACUUGGCCAACCUCAUGGAGCAGCUCGGGGUUGCUGGCAAGGUCCACAUUUCCGAGGCCACUGCCAGAUACUUAGAUGAUAGGUAUGAAAUGGAAGAUGGGACAGUGUUUGAGCGCCUGGGGCAGAGCGUGGUGGCUGACCAGCUUAAAGGUCUGAAGACAUACCUGAUUUCGGGUCACAGAAGGAAGGAGACUCAGUGCAGCUGUUCCCAGGCCUUGCUUUCUGGCCUCGAGGUCAUUGGCGGCCCCCAGGGGUCUGCAGGCCCUAGGUUACAGGGGACAGCGGUGCCGGGGAGUGCAAGUGACUUGGUGCAGACUGUCCAAACCUUUGAUAACCUUAAGACCUGCCUUGCAUGUGGAAUUACGUUUCCUCCCAAAUCUGAAGCUGGUGCAGAAGAAGGAGUGGUCCAGAACGGCUGUCAAGAUGAUCAUAAAAACAGCACCAAGCCAUCUGUAGGGCCUCAUUCCAAAUCCCAGAAUGGACUGCUGAGCCCCCCACCUGAGGAAAAGCUCACCAACAGCCAGACCUCCCUUUGUGAGAUGCUACAAGAGAAGGGGCGGUGGGCAGGGGUGAGCUUGGACCAGUCGGCUCUCCUCCCACUGAGGUUCAAGAACAUCCGGGAGAAAACAGAUGCCCAUUUUGUUGAUGUUAUCAAAGAAGACAGCCUGAUGAAAGAUUACUUUUUCAAGCCACCCAUUAAUCAGUUCAGCUUGAACUUUCUGGACCAGGAGCUUGAGCGAACCUACAGGACCAGCUACCAGGAAGAGGUCAUAAAGAAUUCUCCCGUGAAGACGUUUGCCAGCCCCACCUUCAGUUCCCUCCUGGAUGUGUUUCUGUCGAUGACAGUGUUCCUGGUCCUUUCCAUCACCUGCUUCCUUAAGUAUGGGGCCACCGCCUUGCCACCACCCCCCACGGCUCUGGCUGUCUUCUGUGUUGCCCUGCUUCUGGAGGUGCUGUCCCUCAUCGUCUCCAUCAGGAUGGUCUUCUUUCUGGAGGAUGUCCUGGCCUGCACCAAGCAGCUGCUGGAGUGGAUCGCUGGUUGGCUCCCCAGACAUUUUGUUGGUGCCCUCCUGGUCUCCAUUCCUGCCCUUGCCGUCUACUCCCACAUAACUUCUGAGUUUGAGACAAACAUCCAUUUCACCACGUCCAUGUGCUCAGCCAUCCUGAUUGCCAUUGUACAGUACUGCAACUUUUGCCAGCUCAGCUCCUGGAUGCGGUCUUCCCUGGCCACUGUGGUGGGCGCAGGACCCCUGCUCCUACUCUACAUCUCCCUGUGUCCUGACAGUUCCAUGGUGACAGCACACAUGGCUGGCAUACAGAAUGUCAGCUCCCAGGGGAGUCUCUGCAACAGCUCGCAGCCCCAGAAUAGCAGGAAGCCAGCCAGCAUGAUCGGCCAGGAAGUGCUGCUGAGCUGCUUCCUUCUGCUGCUCCUGGUUUGGUUCCUGAACCGAGAGUUUGAGGUCAGCUACCGCCUGCACUACCACGGAGACGUAGAAGCCGACCUCCACCGUACCAAGAUCCAGAGCAUGCGGGACCAGGCGGACUGGCUGCUAAGAAACAUCAUCCCUUAUCACGUGGCUGAGCAGCUCAAGGUCUCCCAGACCUACUCCAAGAACCACGAUAGCGGGGGCGUCAUCUUUGCCAGCAUCGUCAACUUCAGUGAGUUCUAUGAGGAGAACUACGAGGGUGGCAAGGAGUGCUACCGGGUCCUGAAUGAGCUUAUUGGGGACUUUGACGAGCUGCUGAGUAAGCCGGACUACAGCAACAUUGAGAAGAUCAAGACCAUUGGAGCCACCUACAUGGCUGCCUCGGGGCUGAACACGGCCCAGUGCCAGGAUGGCAGCCAUCCCCAGGGGCACCUGCAGGUCCUAUUUGAGUUCGCCAAGGAAAUGAUGGGUGUGGUGGAUGACUUCAACAAUAACAUGCUGUGGUUCAACUUCAAGCUGCGCGUGGGCUUCAACCACGGGCCUCUGACAGCUGGCGUCAUUGGCACCACCAAGCUGCUCUAUGAUAUCUGGGGGGACACCGUCAACAUCGCCAGCCGCAUGGAUACCACUGGCGUUGAGUGCCGCAUCCAGGUGAGCGAGGAGAGCUACCGUGCCCUGAGCAAGAUGGGCUAUGAGUUUGACUACCGUGGGACGGUAAAUGUCAAGGGGAAGGGUCAGAUGAAGACCUACCUGUACCCCAAGUGUACAGACAGUGGGCUUGUGCCGCAGCACCAGCUGUCCAUCUCCCCGGACAUCCGCGUCCAGGUGGAUGGCAGCAUUGGGCGGUCACCCACCGAUGAGAUUGCCAACUUGGUGCCUUCUGUACAGACCUCGGACAGCAGCCCACAGGCCAGGGAUGCCUACGCAUCCUCCCAGAGGCCCCGGCGGGAGCCUGUGAGAGCAGAGGAGAGGCCCCUGUUCAGCAAAGCCAUAGAGAGGAGUGACGGGGAGGACACUGGUCUGGAGGACACCAAUGAGCUGACCAAGCUCAAUACCACCAAGGCCAUGUGA